UAUACGUAAACUGUCUUUUAUGUUUAGAACCAUUUUAGAACACAUGUUUUUGUAUAUAACCUAAAAAUUGUCUCAAAACGGUAUCGAAAAUGAGUGACGAUGAAGAAAAUCCUACUAAUUUCCAUGAAAUGGAAUUAGAUGACCGAAUCCUUAAGGCAAUAGCAAAACUUGGAUGGGUAAAACCAACAUUAAUUCAAGAACGUGCAAUUCCAUUACUUCUUGAGGGAAAAGAUGUUUUAGUACGUGCUCGUACUGGAUCCGGAAAAACAGCAGCCUUUUCAAUACCUGUUAUACAGAAAAUAUUAAAUUCCAAACAAACGGCCGUUCAACAAGAUGUAAAAUGUUUAAUAUUGGCUCCAACGAAGGAGCUAUCUAAACAAAUUCAUAAUGUUAUUAUUGAUUUAACGUGUAAAUGUUCGCGUGAAGUGAAAUGUAUUGAUAUUUCACAACAGGUUGAUGUGAACAUACAAAAGCCUUUAUUGAUGGAUAAACCGGAUAUUGUAGUUAGUACACCAGCAAGAGCUUUAAAACAUUUAAAAGCUGGAAAUUUAAAGUUAAAAGAUUCGUUGGAAACAUUAAUUGUGGAUGAAGCUGAUCUAGUAUUUUCGUUUGGAUAUGAAAAUGAAGUUAAAGAAGUUUUAAAAUAUUUGCCGAGCAUCUAUCAGGCUAUUCUCGCAUCUGCUACACUUAGCGAAGAUGUUUUAAGUUUAAAAAAAUUAGUUUUACACAACCCUGUUACAUUAAAAUUAGAAGAACCCGAUUUAGCACCAACAACACAGUUAUCACAUUACCAUUUAGCUGCUGAAGAAUCUGAUAAAGCCGCGAUUUUAUAUUCGUUACUCAAAUUACAUUUAAUUCGUGGAAAAACGAUCAUAUUUGUAAAUACAGUAGAUCGAUGCUACAAACUAAAAUUAUUAUUAGAACAAUUUGGAAUUCCUACAUGUGUUCUAAAUUCCGAAUUACCUGCAACAAUUCGCUGUCAUUCCGUGCAGCAAUUCAAUCAAGGCAUCUACGAUAUUAUAAUCGCAUCCGAUGAGAAAGCUUUGGAAGAACCGUUUAGCGCUGCCGUUCAAAAACAAUCACAGAAGAAAUCAAAACGUAAGAAGGAUAAAGAAUCGGGUGUGUCGCGUGGUAUAGAUUUCCAAAAUGUAUCGAAUGUUAUAAAUUUUGAUUUUCCGUUGGAUGUUAAUUCAUAUGUUCAUCGAGCAGGACGGACUGCUCGUGGAAAUAAUGAAGGAAGUGUUUUAUCGUUUAUGAGUUUAAAAGAACGACCGUUGAUGGAGAAAGUUGAGAAACGUUUAAAAGCUGGUUAUGGAGAUACGGAUGUUUUUAAAGCGUACCAAUUUAAGUUGGAAGAAGUUGAAGCAUUCCGAUAUCGAUGCCGUGAUGCUUGGAAAGCUGUGACCAGAAUUGCUGUACGAGAAGCUCGAUUAAAGGAAAUUAAACAAGAAAUAUUCAACUGUCAAAAAUUGAAGAGUUAUUUUGAAGAUAAUCCAAAAGAUUUACAAGUAUUACGCCACGACAAAGCUUUACAUACAGUUCGAGUUCAACCUCAUUUAGCUGAUGUUCCCGAUUAUAUUGUACCGGAUGCAUUAAAAAAAUUAACACAUAUUACAAAAAAUAAACGCAAACGUACUUUUUCAAGUCGUGGAAAUGCUAAAAACCGGCAGAAACUUAUGAAUCCAUUAUUAACAAUGGAAUUAACGAAAAAGAAAAAAAAAUCAUAAUUUUUGGAUAAACAUUUACGAAACGUGUGGUUAAGUUUUUUGGCAAUGUAUUAUAUUUUUUCAUAA